GGGCCGGGGGCACAGCGGGGCCGGGGUGCGCGCACGGCGGCCGCGGGGAGCUGGGCUGGGCGCGGGGGGAGCGCCCGGAGCGCGGCCGGCGGUGGAAGUUGUUCGCGCAGUUAUAAUUAGCCCGGCCGGGGUCUGAGCGAGCCGGGCGGAGGAAGGGGGAGGAGUGUAACUUUUCGCAGCUCGGGAAGCCCAAGGUUGUCUCUGGUUACCGCUGCCCACGGCGCGGGGGGGGCGGGACGCCCGCAGGAAGCACCGACGCUCUUUCCACAAAGGCCAAAUGGUGGCAGGAGCCGCGGGAGCGGCUGCGGGAGGCGGCAGGAAAGGGCUUUCCCUGAAUCCCAGCGGUUCCAUCCUGGCACUCCAGAUCGCUGCCGCUUGUGUAUAGAAAAUGCAGUGACUGCACACCUCUCCCUGUGACCUAACAAGUACACUCUAAUGAACCUCAAUAGUGACCGUCUGAAGUCCUGCUGUUUCAGAGCAAAUAGUUCCGAGGUUCUGUAAGCGGAGGAGCCCUUUGGUAGCAUCAGGCUAUGAGUUGCUUUGUAAGAUGAACUGUAGGCGUUUACUUGCCCGUCUGUCUGAAUUCGCAUCAUCCUACCUCGGUGGAUGGCUUGGCCUCUGGGAUAGUUCAAGACUCUUGGAUGACCACGCUUUAUGCAAAAUCCAGAAUCUUCCUGCCUGGACUCCUUUCUGUUUUCUAAGGGUUCAUGUUGGGGAGAGGCCUAAAGCGCAAGCUGAGUGACUAUGAGGAGAACAUGGCUGGUCUCUCGAGUGCCUUUGAUUCCAGUCGAAGUCUGCCCUAUCCUCUCAAGAGGCAGCUGGUGCUCAACAUGUGCCUCACCAAGUUACAGACGUACAAAAUGCUGGUGGAGCCCAACCUGCACCGCUCCGUCCUCAUCGCCAACACCGUGCGGCAGAUUCAGGAGGAGAUGAGACAAGAGAGCAACCAGCAGCCAGUGAAUAUCUGCCCUGGCAUUGUUCCUGCCUCUCACAGCUACACAGGGAUGGAGUCACCUGGGAUUUCCCUUCAGUUGCCUUCAGGUGUUGGUCAGCAGGAGUCUCACUGCUGUGACCUGCGGUCUGUAGAAGACCCGAUUGAAAACAGCCUGCUGAUCGUUUCAGAUGACGACAUGUCAUCUGCUAUUUCAUCUAUUCUGAAGGAUUUAGACUUUGUAGAAGAUAUAAGCCCACCUACUUGUCUGGUUCCUACUGGAGAUGACCAGCCAAAGUUUCCAGAAAAUACUGGUUUGAAACUAGAAGAUGAUAGACAGGAUUUGAAGGGAGCUGAAUGUGUGUUUGGUUCCUUUGAGAUUUCAAAUUCAACCAGUUACUUGAAGGAUUUGGCAAUAGAUGACAUAUUUGAAGAUAUUGACACUUCAAUGUAUGAUUCAGACUUCUGUUGCCCUCCCCUGAUGCCGCCCAGAUCGCCAUCUCUCACUACAGAAGAACCAUUGAAAACCUUCCCAUCGUGUAAUUCUUCUUCAGCCAACAACAUUCAGAUAUGUAGAACAGAUCUGAGUGAGUUGGACCACAUCAUGGAAAUUCUUGUUGGAUCCUGAUACUUGUUUUACCCAAAGAUACUUUUAAACUGCCACUUUCAUUUGGUUUCAGGAUAAAAGCCACUGGAAUAGUUGUAAAGAAUUCUUUAAAAAGCAAACUAAAUAGUAAUUUGUCCAUAGUAGGAUUUUCUAAAUAAUUCCAAAACUUAUUAACCAAAAAAGUGGCAGAUUUUUUUUUUUUUUUUU